AGGGUCCAACAACAUGUUUGGCACCAAAGAGGGGCCAGGAGGAAUGCCCACGUUCGGCAGCCCCCACCACGACACCUGGAACAGACUUCGACGCACACCGCCAUCUUUCCCCACCCCGCCACAGUGGCCCAAAAGUGCCGACGCAGAGAGAAGCAGCUCGGCCAACAGCCACGAGAGAGAGAGGGAGAGGGAACGGGAGAGAGAGAGAGAAAGGGAGAGGGAACGUGAGAAGAGAGACUCGUCUGUCGGGAAAGACGAGAAGGAUAAAGACAGGGAUUCUGUGGACCGUAAUCGCCACUCCAACCGUUCGUCUCCGGCCUCGGCGCCGGUCAGCUACCAGAUCAGCAACCUGAUCCGCUCCAACAGCCAGAACUCCUGUGACUCGGGUCGACAUCACAGCGGCAGCGUGGACCGGGUCCGUGAGGCGGAGAAGGAGCUGCUGGAGCGCCACAGAGAGUCUUCCUCGCAGGGCGACGUGAAGGUGAAGGAGAGCCGCUCGCCGGGCAAGGAAAUGCUGGAGAGGAGAUCUUCAGAGGACUCCAUCAAACCCGCUCAACGAUCUCCGUCCCCUUACUCAAAGGCGGUGAUCAACGAGCAGGGCAUGAAGAUGGCAGGUGGGCCCCCGCCUACGCUCAAGGACAGCGACAGGAAGGAGCCCCCGAUAGAGCUCCUCCACAAGGUGAAAAAUGACAUGAAGAUUAAGGAGGAGAGGAAGGAGGAGCAGGAGGUCGUGGUGGUGAGUUCUGAGCCCCCACCUCAACCCCAAACUCUUCCUCCUCAAAUGGGCCAGUCUAUGAACCCUCACCACCACCACCCGCCGUUAUCCCACCAGGCCCCUCUCCCCUUACAUCGAGGCAGUGACAUUCCAGUUCAAGGCAUGCACGGCGUCCCCAUGGCUCACUCGCUGCCUCUCUCCAUGGGGGGCAUGCCUCAGAUGGGCAGCCUUAAUGUGCUCGAUCGGGCUCGUAUGGCUCCCUUUAUGGGUGUGAGCCCUAUGGCGGGAAGGGAACGCCUCCCGCACCAGUCCUUCCCAUGGGACCCGCUCCGAGAGGCGUACCGCAGCCUGGACCUGCAGCGGCGCAUGGACUUCCAGCUCAGGGCGGAGCAGGGACACCGCUUCCCCAGCAUGUACGAGCAGGAGCGAGCGUACCGCGAGAGGGAGGCGCACGACUACUCCCACCACGAGCACCUGUUGGAGGUACGGCGAGAGCACGAGAGGAUGAGGCAGCAGGUGGAGGAGCGAGAGCGCAUCCAUCUGAGGGAGGAGCUGGACAGAGCGCGCCUCCAUCAGCUGCACCAGUCCCCCAUGGAGGGCCAUCUACCCCACAUGGCCCCUUUUAUGCCCCACCUAGGCGGCAUGCCCUACCCUAGACUCAGCCCCUCCACGGGACACAACGGCCCCAUGAACAGGACACCCCCUACAGCCGCUUUAAGCGCACCUCCACCCCUUGUGCCAGCUGGUAGUGCCAGGCCAGUCUCACCCAGGAGGACUACCCCCCUCACCUCCACCCAGGACCCCCGGGACUACUCCCCGUCUCGCAACCCCAAAGAGGUAGAGGCUCGGUAGCUUCUUAGAAAGUCUUUCAGCCCCCUAAUCUGAACUCCGAUAGUGAACAAAAUGCACUGCUCUUCACCAGGAGAGAGCAAACCUCCCUAAGGGAAAGAGUAUGAUUGUACAAAGUAAAGGUGUGUAAGGCUGAUUAAGCACAUGCCAUGACUUUAUUUUUAACGGACUGGAGGUCGAACAAUGUCGGUAAAGAGAACAUAAAUAUGUGUAUGUUUAUAUCCGGCUUAAAUAUUUGAUAAUUAUUAAUAUAUUAAUCAAAUACCUUUUUUCAGCUUUGUGCGAAAAGAGAGGUCCUGAAAUGAGUUUGUACAUUUCCUAUCCGUGUUCCAUGUAUAGAUAUCAUUUCUAUGAAUUGUAUGUAUUUUGUGCAUUACGCCUUUUACAAUAUUUAUCCCAGUUGAUUGUGAGACAUAUCCAUUAUGACCCACUGUAAAGACUGGACUUCAUUUCAACUUUCAGUUAUUUAACCUCAUGGUACCAGGAUAUCCUCAAUGAUGAAAAUGUACAAAGUUACAUUACGGAUUUUUGUUUUGUUCAAUUGUUUUGCCUUUGAGAUAUGCAGAUAAAUAUAUAUUAUGAGGUCUUUGUUCAGUCUCUGUAAAGAAAACUGAUGUAAAUAACCUGUUGAUAUUUCUUCGCUGCAAAAUGACCGUGUACAUUUAUUAGUCUUUUUAACCAUUUCUAGAAAAAUGAAAUGAAAUGAAACAUGGGGGAUCACGUCCCUGUUGGAUAUCAUGGAAACAGACAAGCCUGGCCAAUGGGUGAUUGACUGGAGGGUGUUGUAAGGGGGCCUAGAAGGAUCAUCUGCAAUCUAUGCAAAGCAGCACACAGCACCCUUAUGAACCCGGACGGAGCGGACGAUACGAGAGACACUUGGAUUAACACAUGUUUAUAGAAAAAUGAUGGAAUUAUGAAAAGACUUCCAAGUCAAAAACUGGACCAGCCCCGGACAGAAAAGAAGGACACUUUUUCGAGUGGGCGGCAAAACGGACUUUCUCUGUCAACCUUGUGGUGUUGUGCAGUUGUUUUUCUUAGACUCUUGUAUACAAAACAAGUAGAGUUUUAGGCGUGCAAAAAAAUGAAAAUGAACAUUCUUGGUUUAAAAUGUACGGAAUAAAGUUUGGACCUAAUGUCA